GUCAUCCAAGCCAGCCGCAACAACACCAGGAUCAACAACAACGCCCACAUCGUAUCGCAGCUCAGCUUCCACCUCCAGCUUAUUAAUAUGUACAAUAGCUAGAACAUGUUGUAGGCUCAGAUAUACAUCAACCCAUCUACGUAAUCGUUGUAGCUUUCGUGCAUAGCACAACCUACGUGCACUCACGGCUCCCCCAUACAUUCAAGCCUACUUCUUGACUUGACCAUGCAUUUUCUGAAGCUAGCAACAUUUUUCCUCCCUUCGGCAGCGUCCUGGAGCACAGAUGUCCACAAUCAAAUCGGCUUCAUGGCCGAGCAGUUUCUCGAGCCGCAUACGAUCUCCGUCGUUCAACACAUCCUCGAACCGCAAUACAACGGGUCGAUAGGCCGCGCCGCAGCAUGGGCCGACGGCUACGCGCACACAGACGAGGGCCGCUUCUCAUACCAAUGGCACUGGAUCGACUCGCAUGAUUUCCCGCCCCAGCGCUGCGAUCUGGACUACAACCGAGACUGCGCGAAGGGUGGCUGUGUGGUCUCCGCAAUCGAGAAUCAGACCAGUAUACUUCGGGGCUGUAUUGCUGACGUGAAGGCCGGCAGUCUGGCCAACGGCGCGAACCUCACUUGCUCGUAUGCUUUAAAGUGGGUGUCGCACUUCCUGGGCGAUAUCAACCAGCCCCUUCAUGCAUCGGGGCGCGCAGCAGGAGGCAACUUCUUCCGAGUGAAGUUCGGCAAUGCGUCUACUGAGCUCCAUGCAGUGUGGGACCACUAUCUCCCUUACACUGCUGCUGCUGCAACGCACCCCUUCUCGAACCAGACGAUCGCCCCAUUUUUCGAAGGCCUCGUAUCCCGCAUCCGAAAAGAUUUGUUUUGGGAAGCCCCGUACAUGUGGCUGGCGUGCAGCGAUCCUUCCACGCCUGUAGAAUGCGCGACGCGUUGGGCACGCGAAAGCAACAAGUGGACGUGCGACUACGUAUACAGUCGAGUGAAUGCAACCAGCGACCUGGCAGAGGAUGGGUACGCUGCCGGAGGUGUGCCUAUCGUAGAGCUGCAGAUCAGCAAGGCGGCACUGCGGCUGGCUACAUGGCUCAACAAGUUGGUUGGUGAGGAAAACCAAAAGCAGGUUGACCAAAUAGAAUUAUGAUGAGCCUUUUCAAGAAGCGUAAGGACACACGCAACGGUCUCAAACAGGGUGAUGCAAAAUC